CUUUAUCUCCAUGCAUUUUAACUGUAUUUAUCUACAUUUAUUAAUUUGUUUCUCAUAGUUUUAUUUUGUGAUUGUUUAUUGGUUUUCUUUUUUUUGGUGGUUUUUUUUCGCUUGGUUUUCCCUCUCUAAGUUCCUGGGCUCAACAAUCUAGGGUUUUGCAUUGUUUAUUUGGUUUUUCAGUGAUAUAGAUCUGCAAACAAGCUAGGGAAUGAACAGAUAACCACUCAACUACCUUGUGGACUUUUAAUUCUCUCUCUCUCCCGUCAGUUUACUUAUGCAACACGAUUGUAUUCUAGGGUUCCAUUUCUUGUUUCCUUGCACUCUUACUUUGUUAAGAUAGAAGUGAUCAACCAACAAGGAAGCUGGUUUAGAGUUCCCAAUGGCUCCCCCUGCUAAAGCCACUACAAAGAAGCCUGACCCCAAGGCACGGGCCUUGAAGGCUGCGAAGGCAGUGAAGUCAGGGGCUUCAACUCUGAAGAAGAAGACAAAGAAGAUUCGAACUUCUGUUACUUUCCAUCGCCCAAAGACCCUGACGAAGGAGAGGAACCCCAAGUAUCCUCGCAUAAGCGCGCCCCCGAGGAACAAGCUAGACCAUUAUCAAAUCCUCAAGUAUCCACUCACAACUGAGUCUGCAAUGAAGAAGAUUGAAGACAACAACACCCUUGUUUUCAUUGUGGACCUUCGUGCAGACAAAAAGAAGAUCAAGGCUGCUGUGAAGAAAAUGUAUGAUAUCCAAGCCAAGAAGGUCAAUACAUUGAUCAGGGUUAGGGUCUAUCCUAACCAAACCCAGCGCUCGCUGAAGGCGCCCCAAGAAAAUGGUGGGUACGUUUGUUGGGGUCAAAUUAACUGAAAUGCUGCUGCUUUGGAGUUCUCAACCCUAAAUAGGGACCGGACGGAAAGAAGAAAGCGUAUGUGCGGUUGACGCCUGAUUAUGAUGCACUCGAUGUGGCCAACAGGAUUGGCAUCAUUUAAACAUGUGGUAACUUUGUUUCCUUGAAAAAUUUUGCUUGAGUAGUGUUAGAGAUGUAGAGACAGGAGAUUCAUUCCCGUUGCACUUGCCGAUUUAUACAACUUGUUUGAUCUCUCUAGGGUUUUUGUGCUGGAUUCACAUGAUAUGUAUAUCAUGCGAUUGGGUUAUUCAGGAAAAAAGCUAAAAUGAAGAUGAUGGGUUAUUUGGGUCUUGGUCAAGUGAAUAUUCAGAGUAUAAACUUACUAGGCCGAACAGGAUUGACGGGCUGACCUGGAUUGAUGAUUUUCUCAACUGAGCUGGAGAAUAUUAAAAUAUUGUAUUUAUAUUUCAAAAUAAAUAAAACAAUAAACAUAAUAAUAAUAAGUAAAGUAUGUGGGAACCAGGCUAUUUGGUGAAAUCCCCUUUGUUUGGCUCAUGAUCGCCCGGUUUUAUAAUAGAACCGGGCUGGUGUUUUAUAACAAGGAGUCUGGUUUUGGAUUGUA